AUUACGGUUCAGCGCUUGACCAACACGGAACCCCUUCACCUGUCGCGUGCUAGUGUACUUAAAGGCAUGUCUUUUCGUAUUAUUUCCAAAGAAGCCCUGGUUGGAGCCAUAACACUAGGAGUUGUUUUUUUCGCCGGACAUUUCUUUGGGAAAAAGAAAUCUUCCAGAAUGAGCAUCUCAAAAAGUCACGGCAAGGGAAAAGACAACCCACUGUUGCAGUACGUCCUCAGAUACUCCCUGAGGGAGCACCCAGUUCUGAAAGACCUGAGGCUGAGGACGAUGGAGCACUCUUACAAUGUCAUGAUGAUAGCCUGUGAGCAAGCGCAGUUCAUGGCCAAUCUGGCAAAGCUAAUCAAUGCCAAGAAAGCAUUGGAGAUCGGAGUGUACACAGGUUACAACACACUGAAUAUGGCACUGGCUCUACCUGCUGAUGGAGUUGUAGUGGCAUGUGAUGUCAAUGAAGAUUACACCAACAUCGGCAAACCCUAUUGGAAAGAGGCUGGAGUAGAGCAAAAAAUCGACCUGCGCAUUCAGCCAGCACUGAAAACUAUAGAUGAUCUCCUGGCUGCUGGUGAGGCUGAAACAUUUGACUUUGUCUUCAUUGAUGCAGACAAGGUUAACUAUGACAACUACUAUGAAAAGUCUCUGAAGCUGGUGAGAAAAGGAGGCAUCAUUGCUAUUGACAAUGUGCUGUGGGGUGGGAAUGUGCUGAAUCCAGCCCCUGAUGAUGCAGACACUGUGGCCAUUGACAAGCUGAACAAGAAGCUGCAUACAGAUGCACGUAUCAGCCUGAGCAUGCUCACGGUGGGAGACGGGCUCACACUGGCUAUCAAACUCUAGGACAGGCCUGAUAACCGUAGUGAUUCCUAGGCUUUGGAUGACAUUUCCUGCGGUCUAUGAAGGUAGCUGAAAUAUGUCAGUACUGCUGUCUAUGCACAGGUUAAUGAGGAAAUUUAUGGAACCAAUAUCAUUACUUGAGAAUCUGUACUCACCUGAAGAGAAUUCAAUCUGUUAGAAGUGUAGCAGUUUGAUGAAAAAGAUAAUUUUCUUAAUAAAAAAACACAGUGCAUCCCAUUUGUUUUU